GCCGCCUUCGCCUUCCUGUCCACUCCUCUCAGCACUUCCUGGUUUUCUCAGGUGGAUGUUAGAGCGGCUGCCAAACAAGUCUAAAGUUGCCUAGGGACAGGGAAAGGAUGUACCUAGCGGCGAGGAUACCACAGCCUGACUAAACGUUUUGUAUCGUGUGAGCCCAGCCUUACAGAAUGGUAAAGCAACGCGGUGUUUUUUACGGCAACCGAGCAGCAGCGGGAGGAUCGUCACCCGGGACGCUGCUGUGAAACGGCGCGUUAGCUGCCGCCGCUAGCAGACUAGCAGACGGCGACCUGCUACUGCUAGCAUCUACUUGACGUUGACCAGCUCGGUUCAAGUUUGACUCCAGACCUGAAUCAGAAGAGUCCGAGGAAACUGGAGGAGGCAACAUGGAGAACAAGGAGAAAGUGCAGAUGAGGAAUAACCCUCGCAGACAGCUGAAGAAGUUGAGUGAGGACAGUCUCACCAAGCAGCCUGAGGAAGUCUUUGAUGUCCUAGAGAAGCUGGGUGAAGGGUCAUAUGGUUGUGUAUUUAAGGCCAACCACAAAGAAACAGGAGAGAUUGUAGCCAUCAAACAAGUUCCUGUAGAGUCUGAUCUUCAGGAGAUCCUCAAAGAAAUCACCAUCAUGCAGCAAUGCAACAGUCCCCAUGUGGUGCGGUACUAUGGCAGCUACUUCAAAAACCGUGACUUGUGGAUCGUCAUGGAAUAUUGUGGUGGUGGAUCAGUGUCUGACAUCGUCCGAAUACGUAACAAGACGCUAACAGAAGAUGAGAUUGCCACUGUCCUCCAUUCAACUUUGAAGGGUCUGGAGUAUCUUCAUUUCAUGAGGAAAAUCCACAGAGACAUCAAAGCAGGCAACAUCCUGCUGAACACAGAAGGUCAAGCCAAACUGGCUGACUUUGGAGUUGCUGGACAGCUAACAGACACCAUGGCAAAGCGAAACACAGUCAUCGGCACGCCGUUCUGGAUGGCUCCAGAGGUCAUACAGGAGAUUGGCUACAACUGUGUGGCUGACAUCUGGUCAUUGGGAAUUACAGCCAUAGAGAUGGCUGAGGGCAAACCACCCUAUGCUGACAUUCACCCAAUGAGGGCCAUCUUCAUGAUUCCCACCAAUCCUCCACCAACGUUUCGAAAUCCAGAUCAGUGGUCACCAGGUUUUCUAGACUUUAUCAAAAAGUGUUUGGUAAAAAACCCUGAAAACCGGGCAACAGCAACACAGCUGUUACAGCAUCCUUUUAUCAAAUCAGCCAAACCCAAUUCUGUCCUAAGAGCCUUGAUACAAGAUGCCAUGGAGAUCAAACUAAAGAGACAAGAGGAGGCGGAACAGAGAGAACAAGACGCUGAAGACGAUAACAAUUCGGAUGAGGAUGAGGUUGACCAGGGGACGAUGGUUCGGGCCGGAACAGGUGAUUCUGGGACCGUCCGGGCGGCUGGUUCUUUAGCAGGAUCGCUUAGCGGUACGAUGAUCGAACACGAGGACACAGGAACCAUGCAGUCGCAGCUUGGCACCAUGGUCAUCAACUCUGAUGAUGAGGAAGAGUCCGGUACCAUGAAAAGGAGAGACGAGACGAUGCAGCCAGCCAAACCGUCCUUCCUGGAGUACUUUGAGCAGAAAGAGAAGGAGGUAAACAAUCACAUUGAUGGAGGACGCCGUGGAGAAAACAACGCAGACAACCGCAAACUCCCUGGUGAAGGAGAUCUUGAAGUGGUAAGUAUGAAACUGAUUCUUCAAACUGCUGAGAGAGAAGGGGGAUAAACAUGGUGUUUGUUG